AUGUCCGAUCGUGAGAGGAGCCGCUCGAGGACCCGGAACGGAUCUCGGGAGCCAGCACCAAAGCCUCCUACCAUGUCUCGCGGCCAUAGCCGAAGCCGGUCACGCACGCCGCCCCCGCCAAAAGCUUCCAGCAGAAAGUAUAGAAGCCCGUCUCGAUCGCGAUCAGGGUCGGCACGUCGGGGGUACCGGGGAGGGCGGUACUCUCGUAGCCGUUCCCGAUCGUACUCCCCACGUGGCUCGUACCGCAGGAGCCACAGCCACAGUCCUAUGUCGUCCCGUAGACGGCACCUUGGUGAUCGGGUGAGACUUUUGGAAAAUCCGACGCCGUCGCGAUGCCUUGGUGUGUUUGGUCUCAGUCUGUACACAACUGAACAGCAAAUUCAUCAUAUCUUCUCAAAGUAUGGGCCUGUUGACAAAGUUCAAGUUGUUAUAGAUGCUAAGACCGGUCGCUCCCGCGGCUUCUGCUUCGUGUACUUCGAGUCGCAGGACGAUGCUAAGGUGGCCAAGAACGAGUGCACCGGCAUGGAGAUCGAUGGCCGCCGCAUCCGCGUCGACUACUCCAUCACGCAGCGCGCGCACACGCCCACGCCAGGCAUCUACAUGGGCAAGCCCACUCAUGUGAGAGGCGAUAAUGGCUACGAUAGGCGCAGGGACAGAGACGACUACUACUACCGCGGCAGCUAUCGCGAGCGCGACCGCGAGCGCGAGCGCGACUACUACGCGCGCUACCGCCACCGCUCGCCGUCGCCACACUACCGCCGCCGCCGCUACGAGCGCGAGCGCUCCUACUCGCCGCGUAUUGAAACAAGAAGUAAAGGA